AUGGCGCGUGCCGACGAGGACCCGGAGAUGCAAGAGCUGCGCAGGAUGACUGCGAGACAGGCUGCGAAGGCCGUCAAGCUGGAAGAUGAGGCGAUCGAUGCCCAGCUCGGAGUCAACCACGAAGAGCAAGUGCGGGCUGGAGAAGAGGCAGCUGAAGAGGUUGAGCGAACAGCACCCAAGAAGCGCUUGCGAAAACCAGUUCCAUCGAGCCAGGAUGACUACGAGGCAGCCAGAAAUGUGGGUCGCCGCCGUGUACGCUCUCUUGCCGAGUCCGAGACCUUCUGCACACCGGCCAGACCGCCAGCGCCAACCGUGGCACGCGACAACGCAGGGCAUAGGGUUGGCGGAGUGCGUCUCGACAAGAUCAUGGACGAGAUCAGAAAGUUGCAGGGUGCUGAGGCGCCUGAGCACCUAGUGCCACGGGUAGCCUUUGCAAGGCUGGUGCAAGACACGAUGACCAAGCUUUUGAAGCAGCGUUAUGCUGAUCGAGCACCGGAAAUGCGGAUGACGUCCGAGGCCACGGCUGUGCUCCAGGACACAGCUGAAUGGAAAUGCACGGACGUGCUUUCCGCGGCCAACAAGGCCGCAUCACACACGCAAGGCGGGUGA